CGGGGUGCGCGGGGGCGGGAGCGGCGGAGGCGGCCGCCCCUGGCGGCGGGUUUGUUUAUCCCGGGGAAGAAGUUUAGGAGCCGGGGAUUGGAAAGGAAGGCAGCCCGGGGAGGAGGGAUGCGGCUCGGCAGAGGCGGCCGCCACAGGGACUCGCCGCCAUCGCCCCCUCCCGCCGCCGCCGUCGCCGCCGCCGCCGCCUCAGCCACGGCUCCCGGGGCCACCGCGGCCGCCACCGCCUCGGCUGGAGGGGAGCCGCCGCCCGGGGCCGCGCGCCGCCGCGCCGCACGUCGGGUAACUUAUUCGACAUUGUGUGAUAGUGUAUAACUCCUAAACAUCUGUAAUAAGGUGGCAAUGUCUCGAGAACCCACCCCACCUCUGCCUGGAGAUAUGUCUACUGGUCCUAUUGCAGAAAGCUGGUGUUAUACACAGGUAAAAGUAGUAAAAUUUUCCUACAUGUGGACCAUUAAUAACUUCAGUUUUUGCCGAGAAGAAAUGGGUGAAGUGUUAAAAAGUUCAACAUUUUCAUCUGGUCCAAGUGACAAAAUGAAAUGGUGCCUGAGGGUAAAUCCAAAAGGAUUAGAUGAUGAAAGUAAAGACUACUUGUCCUUAUAUUUGCUUUUAGUCAGCUGCCCCAAAAGUGAAGUUCGAGCAAAAUUCAAAUUUUCCCUUCUGAACGCUAAGAGGGAAGAAACAAAAGCAAUGGAAAGCCAAAGAGCAUAUCGAUUUGUGCAAGGAAAGGAUUGGGGAUUUAAAAAAUUCAUUAGAAGGGAUUUUUUGCUUGAUGAAGCUAAUGGUCUUUUACCAGAUGACAAACUUACAUUAUUUUGUGAGGUGAGUGUGGUCCAAGAUUCAGUAAACAUAUCAGGACAUACUAAUACAAAUACUUUGAAGGUGCCUGAAUGUCGACUAGCAGAAGAUUUAGGUAAUCUCUGGGAAAACACAAGAUUUACAGAUUGCAGUUUUUUUGUGCGAGGACAAGAAUUUAAAGCUCAUAAAUCUGUGCUUGCAGCUCGAUCCCCGGUGUUUAAUGCAAUGUUUGAACAUGAAAUGGAAGAGAGCAAAAAGAACCAAGUGGAAAUAAAUGAUUUAGACCCUGAGGUUUUUAAAGAAAUGAUGAAAUUUGUUUACACGGGAAAAGCACCAAAUCUUGAUAAAAUGGCUGACAGCUUGUUGGCAGCUGCAGACAAAUAUGCACUGGAACGGCUGAAGGUCAUGUGUGAAGAAGCUUUGUGUAGCAACCUCUCAGUAGACAAUGUUGCUGAUACCCUUGUCCUUGCAGAUUUGCACAGUGCAGAACAGUUGAAAGCACAAGCCAUAGACUUUAUUAAUAGGUGCAGUGUACUUCGACAACUUGGGUGUAAAGAUGGGAAAAACUGGAACAGCAACCAAGCAGCUGACAUAAUGGAAACAUCUGGGUGGAAGGCCAUGAUUCAGUCUCACCCUCACUUAGUGGCAGAAGCUUUUCGAGCACUGGCAUCUGCACAGUGUCCGCAGUUCGGCAUUCCACGCAAACGGCUAAAGCAGUCCUGACACUUCCAUGGACAAUAGAAAUCGGGAUUGACUUUACUCUUCCAGGUGCAGAAGGAUUCUGAUAUAGACCACAAGCAGGAGUUGUUUCUGUUUUCUUGUCCACAGAACAGAAGAAGCUGGAAAGUCAUAUUGCUUGCAUUUCAAGUGGAUAAUUUAUGGUUUAUACUUCAGCUUUAAAUUAGACUGAUUAAUUCACUUCAAGGCCUUAAAUUAUCUUCAAUGACUUCUCUUGUUCAUAGAAUAAUUUUUUUAUUGUGCCUUGCAUUUUGACCAAGGCUAUGCAGGAUUGCACUAGCUCCAUAAUGCAGUAAUAUUGAUAACUGAAGAUACUAAGUUUCAAAAGAAUCUUCCAUUAUUUUGAGAAAAGGAAAAUUAAUUUUAUAGGGUUUGUCCUAUGCUAUCUCAAAGUAUAAAACUAGGUUCUCCUUCAAAGCACUUGUAUUGGAGAUUAUCAGGAAUGUCUCCAGUCAGAGCUCUAUAAAUAUAGAAGAACCUGCUUACCUUCAGGGUAGGUUAUGGCAAUACAUUGCUUCAAUUUAAUUUAUUUUCAUUUCAGGGGCAAAUAUGCAAUGAGUUAGCCCAAAUUUUUAGUAAAAUCUGUGAUGUUUGUCCUUAUGUUCACUGUCCAAGAAAGUGUGGGUUUAUCUGAGUUUACAAUAACUGAGAACUGAUUGAGGUUAAGAUUUCAGUAAAAGGGCAUAUUUUAUGCUGAAGUAAUUUUUUUUUAAUUUAUAAUGACCUAUGUUUAUAUGAAGAAUUCUGUACAUGUUAAAAGUAAGGAUGACCAAAUGUAAAUUCAUGUGGGCCAAUUAAGAAAGAUAUAUAUGCACUUUUAAUGUGUAACUUUUGUAUUCUGAAUGGUACAUAUAUUUUUUUGCUUUUGAGGAAAUUAAUAAGUAUAAUUGUGUUUUAACUUUUGGAAGAAUUUUUUAAAAUAGGAGGCAACUGAGAUGUUUGUGAUAAUAGAUAAGGAAGAUCCUUGAUGAUGGAUGAAUUAGUUUGAUUUCACAUAUUCAUUAUUGAAUUUAUUUCUGCUUUAUUUCACUUUGGACAAGGCACCCAGACAGUAAUUGAAUCAUGGACAGUCCACUUCCUUUCAACACUGAAUGCCUGUGAAAGAUGUAUAGUAAAGGAGAGACCCAUAGACUAUGUCAGGCUACACUAAGACUUUUUUCCCCACACUUUCUCCUUUGUGUUUUAGUUACUAUACUAACAUUAUGGAUGAUUGAAAUUCUGUAUAAUGUGAACAGGAUAAACUAUUUAUAAACUGCUUUAUAUGGGCCAGUUCUUUAUUCUAAUGAAUCUUAGCUUUAAAGACACAACUAUUCAGAGUUGUGAGAUCUCUUCCUGUACACUGUUAGAGAAGCAGGAGUGAUCAGUGUCCAGGUUACUGUAUCCAACUUACUUCAGCACUAUCAAUGCGCUGCUUAGGCAAGAUUUAUAUUUGACUGCAAGAAAAAAAGCGUGUCACUGAGAAACACAAAUGCAUAUACCUAUAUGUGGGAUAAUUUGUGUAUUUUGUUUGUGAAUUCAGGAUAAAAGGAGAAAUAGGAAGCUUGAGGUUGUAAAGUGGAUUUAAUUUGCUAUCACUUUAUUAAAUGUUAACUGAAGCAUUCCUAAGACAUCAGGAGUGAUUCAUCUUUACAUUGAACAUUUUCAAAUAAAUAUUUGUUGUCCACAACAAAAUGGAGUCUGAAAAAAUUAUAUUUUUAAAUAUCCUAUAUUAAUUGAGUCUUUGUUAUGGCAACUUAAAAUUGGAAGAAUCCCUUGGGAUAGAAGCAAGAUUCUUACCUGGUGAUCAUCUUUAAUCCUAUACAAGAAGAUCAUGGCAAGUAGAAAUUAAUUUCCUUAACACUACUGAAAGAUUGAGUCUGUUAAAUUUAUAAUGUGCAAUUUAAAAAUAAACAUAUACAAAUACACACUUUUAUUCUUAUGGCCUUAGGAAAAAACAAACAUUUUGCCCAGCCAUAGAAAUUUAUUAAGGUAUAUUUAAAAAAUAGUGUACCCAUUUAUAUCAAAUGCAUAUUGUGAAAUAAUUCACUGCUUCAGUCUACAUUUCUAACUACAAUGACUCUAGAAGUGAUCCCAUAUAGUGAGCAUUUCAGCUUGCCCUUACUCUAUUGCAUAUCUUAAUGAUCUUACUAUAAGGUUUAUGUUUUGUUUUUAAGUUCUGGUAGCAUAUUUUGUACCAAAAAUGUCAAACACUGUGCUGUGUAUGUAUGUUUGUAAAAAUGUCCACUGUUCAGAUAAUAUAAUGCCUACCAUUAUACUAAUGAAUCAUAUGGAAGUUGAUUUAUUUUUUUAUUUAUUAUGUAUAUUUUUGGUAUUAUGAGUUCUUGAAGCAACGAUUUUUAAAAACUUGUAUUCCUAUUUGAGUGCUCUAAACCUUGUCCCACCCAUUUCCCCAUUCCAUACUAUAGACAUUCUGUUCAAAAUAGGCGCAGUUUCUCUCUAGAGCAGUUUUGGCUUUUAAACUAACAGCAGCUGUCAUUUCCCUUUUGUCAUCUAGACAAGACUUUCCUUAAAAAGUAGUGAGUGGUUUUAGCUAUUAUAUAUUAGAAAAAUAACCAUUAAAAAUUGUACUUCACACCUAAGAUCUAUAAGCACUGUAUCUGUGCCUUUUUCAUUUUGUUAGUUUUAAUGUAUAUUUGUAUUUGGAGCACAAAUAUGAAGGUGCCGUGAUAUGGCUUGCCAAUGUUACCUCCUUGAAUACUCUUAAGUCGUUGUCUUCAAGUGGUGAUUGAAAACCUUGCAUAAAUUGAGUGGUUAUUUGUGUGAGGGGUGUGUGUGUGUGUCUGUAUGUGUCUGUCUGUGUCUGUGUGUGUGUGCACGUGUGCGAACACAUUCAUGUGCACAUGCGUUGGUGUGUGUCUAUAUAUUCACCUGAGCUUGUAUAUUGUUCAGAAGAGUGAUUUCUGAAAAUAGGACUUAGUUCAGUGUUGACAGUUCAGGUUAGUUAACGUGUUUCCUUUAAAUGGGUUUUAUUUGGGUAGGUAGUUGAUUAACUGUAAAUUAUACCCAAAUUUGACCACUUUACUGCAUGACAGAAUUUGAAAGCUGUGCCUUUUAAGGAUGUCCAUUGUAAUUAAGUUUUAAAAUAUUAACAUAGGUCUCUUAAAAGGUGUUAUUAAGAUCAUUAUUGGUUCAUUUUUAAGUUAGAGCUAAAUGAUAGCCUAAAUUGUCAAAUGUUUAGUUAUUAUUUUACCUAUGUUUACCUAUGUAAAAUUUUAUGCAUAAAUUUAAAAUCAUAGCAGCAGUCUAAAAUUGUGGAUAAGUGCUGUGGUUGUACCUCAUUGGCAAAAGUACUUAUUAGUACUUGUGAAAAUUUGGGUUUAAUCCCCAGCACUGUCAGAGCACACACACACACACACACACACACACACACACACACACACACACAUGCAUGCAUGCAUAUAUACGCACAUGCACACACACAUAAAUAUGGAUUGUAGCUGCUAUUAUUACUAAAAUAUAAUAGGACCUUGCCUAAAAAUUUUGUGAAAAUCCAACUUAACCAUCUUUGAGAGACAACAAAUAGCCACAUAUUCUUAAGCAGGUAUACUAGUCUGACUUGAACAUACAUGACUUCUGAUGGGUAAAAGAUAUAGUAUAUUCCUAAAAAAGGAGGUGGGUGGAUAAGUGGAAUUGUUUAAUGUUACUAGAGUGUAAAGAGCACUGUCAGCACACAUGAGAGUAUUUUGCAAACUUUUAAUACAGAUAAUGAACUCUACUUUAUUGAAACAUUCAUAGGAUGAUGCAAAUUUUAGGUUCAGUUGGAAAAAUAUUGAGUGCCUACCAUAUGCAAGACUUCCUCUUCACUAGGAAUGAAAUCACACAGUGUCUUCUGUUUGUAGUAUGUGAGCUUGUUUGAAAAGGAAUUCUUAUAUUUAAAUAUUUUUCUGUUACUAGUUUGUUGUUGUAUAUUGUAAUCCAGUUAAUUUGUGUUUGUUCAGCUUUUAAUAAUGAAGAUAUAACUUAAUUGAUUCACAUUUUUGGAAAUCAGGUUCUGCUAAAAUUAUUUAAAUUUAAAAUUUUUGUUCAAGACAGUUGACUUUCAAGAUUUCAAUGUAUAAAAGCUUACCAAACUUUUCAACGUUGUUUUUAAUCAGUUGGUGUUAAUGAUGAGAUAUAUGCUCCUUGUAUCUGGUUGCUGAAAAUAUCUUUUGCAUUUCAGCACUGUUGAGGUAAAAAUAAAGUUGUUACUACUUACUCACAA